GGGCGGGCGGCGGGAGCGGCCGCUGCCUGAGCGCUUCCUGCCCGAGCCGGGCGGAUCCCACAAAGGGCUCGGCGGUGUGGCCUCCCCGCCGGCAGCCCCCGCCAUGGCCAGCGCCAGCUCCAUCGAUGCCGUCAAGAAGAAGAUCCAAAGCCUGCAGCAGGUGGCCGACGAGGCCGAGGAGCGCGCCGAGCACCUGCAGCGGGAGGCCGAUGCCGAGCGGCAGGCCCGGGAGCGGGCUGAGGCUGAAGUGGCUUCCCUCAACCGCCGUAUCCAGCUGGUAGAGGAGGAGCUGGACCGCGCCCAGGAGCGUCUGGCCACUGCCCUGCAGAAGCUGGAGGAAGCUGAGAAGGCAGCUGAUGAGAGCGAGAGAGGCAUGAAGGUCAUCGAAAACAGGGCCAUGAAAGACGAAGAGAAGAUGGAACUCCAGGAAAUGCAGCUGAAGGAGGCAAAGCACAUAGCAGAGGAGGCUGACCGCAAAUAUGAGGAGGUUGCCCGCAAGCUGGUUGUCCUUGAGGGAGAGCUGGAGCGCUCGGAGGAGAGGGCAGAGGUGGCGGAGAGUAAAUGUGGUGACCUAGAGGAGGAGCUGAAAAUUGUCACCAACAACUUGAAGUCCCUGGAGGCCCAGGCUGACAAGUAUUCCACCAAGGAGGAUAAGUACGAGGAGGAAAUCAAGCUUCUAGGGGAAAAGCUGAAGGAGGCUGAGACCCGGGCGGAGUUUGCAGAGAGAUCUGUGGCGAAGCUGGAGAAAACCAUUGAUGACCUAGAAGAGCGCUCUCAGCAGGAAGCCGAGAAAAACCGCGUUCUCACUAACGAGCUGCGGGUCAUCCUUACUGAACUUAACAACUGAGCUGCCCAGAGCUCCUGGCCCCGGCCCAGCCGCCCUGCCCCAUUUUGGCCAGGCUGGCUCCAGGCUGGGAGCCCUUCCCCACUGGGGUGAGGCAGGGUGUGAGGCCUUGCCUUAUCCUUACAGGGAUAACUACCCUGCUUGGGCAGGACAGGGAACCCCUCUGCAGUUGAUCAGUUUUUUGUGGGAGAGAUAUGAAGGGUUUUGUGAUGUCCUGGGAUGCCUACGUAGUGAUAGCUGUCCUCUGGCAUCAUCCUAGUUCUGCUAGGGAGGGAUGUGGUGGUUUGUAUUGCUGCCUUCCUCCCCUUAUUGCAGGAGUCACUGGGCAGCUUCUUCCUCCUCACUCUGGUCACCCCAAACUGUGCAGGGAGGAUCCCCUUAGAAAGAGGUCCUUGGAGGCUGCUGGAAAGGCUGGGAAAGGAGCUGGGGCUCCAGCAGCACCCACUGCCCCAAACUUGGGACAGGGAAGAGGCUAGCAGGGCACACUGGGAGAUGGGGCUAGGUGGACAGCAGUCUUGUUCCAUCUCUGGGGGAAGCAGGAUGACAUUUGGAAGUGAACACCAGAGGGAGGCUGCCUUGGCAGCUGGCUGCCUGGCAGAGCUUAUUCUUGUAGCCUUGUUAGCUCUGCUCCUUAUCUCUCUCUUGUACUCUGCCCACUCUCCUGGGCUGUUAAUGGGCUGUUUUCUCACUCUUUUUCUCCACGGAGCACUGCUGGGUCAUGCAGGAAGCAUUGGUUCUCCACUUCUGCUGCCCAAGGGUUUGUGCACAUGCCCACAGCUGGCCAGUGGUAAUGCCCCAGUGUCUGGCCAAAUAAUUGUACAGCACCUGUGCUGCAGAGUGCUCAGCCAUGGGCAAUGGUGCACCCUGGGAGGAUGGAAAUGCUGAAGAGUGGUAACUGUCUGCCCCAUUGACCAGCCUGACUGGCCUGGCUUCCCUGGCAGAUCCCAGAAUGGCUGGACUCAUCCACGCCAGAAAUGGGGCUACUUGUGUGGACUAUGGUCCGCAGAGGGUGCCCUGUUCGACUGGAGGCCAUUGCUGUACUGAAAUGUCCGUGUGUGUGUGUGUGUGUGUGUGUGUGUGUGCUUGGUGUGGUGUGGUGUGUAUGGGUCCUGCUGCACCUGGGUACAUUUGGGUUGUGUCUGUGUGU